CCUUAACUGACACAGUCACCAUGCACCGUAGACGUAUUGCCACUUGUUUCCCAUAAAACACCGAGGAAAAGGUUUCAAGAUCUCAAUAUCUCAAUGGCGAAGUCUACGGCUACAGGAUGGGAUCCAGUAUUGUUGAUCUCACAGAUCAUAGCUAUGCAGACGCUACAUUACCUUACGCUUGCCAUCCUAGUUCCACCACUUCUAACAAUCUUUGCGAAGUCCAGUGCACUGGAGUACGAUGGUGGUGCGGCUAAUGUUGGCAUGCUGAUGGAUUGGCGCGAGAUGGCCGGACGGUCCACAUCACGCUCUGCGCAGAACUCGUGGACUUCUUGGAAUACUGUAUGGAGCGGCGGUAAACAAGUCGGUUCUGGGGGCUUGCAGGGAGUCCGAUGGGAUGGCAGCGUGGAUCCUGUGCGAGGGUGGAUCAUCGCCGCGUGUUGGCUGGCUGCAUCUGGCGUAGACAUCUACUACCUGUACGUGCUGAUACGACGCCCGCGGAUGAUCCUCGACUUCUCCUUGACGCUCAUCUUCAACCAUCUCGUCCUGACGACGUACUAUUCAAACUCAAUACCCGCCUCAUUGUUCUUCUGGGCGGUUAUGGCGGCGAGCGCGGCGCUGAUGGUGAUAGUGGCAGAACAGUUAUGUGUCAAGAGAGAAAUGACAGAAGGACUCGCGGUUGCUGCGCCAACUGAAGGCGAUGACUUGGAGAUGGGCAAUCUUCUCAGACGUGACUGAAGCAAAGAUUUCAGCACUCCGACAGACGGUGCCUGCUUUCUACGUUUGCCUCGUCUUUGUGACCAAUAUGUAGACUUUGCCAACGCAUUGUACACUUGUACAGUAUGAUGGAGAUCCUGCGUUUGAGUUCAUUGCCUGAUGAUCACAAUAUCCGGAUUCAAUACAUUAAUCCUGUCCCGCCCUUGUGCGCUGCUGCGUGAACGCCUCGAGGUCGCUUCACCACCAAACAGUUUCCUGUUUAGCGGAUGUACCUGAUCAGCUUUCUUGUCCUACCCAGGGACAAU